UCAAAGCAUUGCCUUCCAUGGUUUCUGCCCUGCUCCAGACUCUAUCAUCUUACAUCGUGAAGAUUUGCAAAGGAAUGUUUACAAAGAAAUUGGCGAAUCCCACAAAGAAGAAAGAGAGUAGCGACAAUAAAGAGCCCAAAUUGACCACCACUGAUUUGCGUGACCAAGGUAACCUGACGCCGACACUCUCCACCACUCUGAAAACCACAGUGAAAAAAAUCAGCAAAUGCUCUUCGGCGCGUAACAUCUCUCUUGAAUUAGACGACGGAAAAAACGACUGCUCCUCUCUCUCACCGACUUUCAGUUACCGUGUAGCGAUAGCGAACGGACUCCCUAAAAACACUCUUCUGCUGAACAAUAAUGAGAGUAUCUUCCAGGAGAUCCUCUCCAUCAAUAGCGAAUACUCUGACUCCCUGAGCGAGGCCAAACCUGUGCGUAGAUUCGAUGAGCAGAAAUCUCACACCAUGCCAGUGAGACGGAACAGGAAGAGCCUCAUUAGUCUGGCGCCCUCCGAUGGCAGCUCAGAGGGUGAGAGGGUGGAGCGCUCAAGUCUGCACACUCUCCGACUUGGAGCGCUACGCAAGCUGAGGAAAUGGAAAAAGAGUCAGGAGUGCGUGUCUUCGGACUCUGAGGUGAGCAACUGGAGGAAGACCCUGGGUAUCCGGAGCAAGUCCCUGGACCGGGCUGGGCGGCAGCAGAAGUCGACCUCUGCCUUAGAAGCCGGCUCCAGCUCCACAGGCUGCAUCAACCAAACCCAGGAUGUGAUGGAAAUGAUCUUUAAGGAGCUGCAGGGCAUCAGCCAGAUUGAGACAGAGCUUUCAGAGCUCAGGGGACACGUCAAUGCCCUGAAGAACUCCAUCGACGAGAUCUCCUCCAGUGUGGAGGUGGUGCAGACCGAGAUCGAACAACUGCGUACUGGCUUUGUCCAGUCCCGGAGAGAGACGCGAGACAUCCACGACUACAUCAAGCAGGUCAGCCACCAGGCCAACAAGGCCAGUCUGAGGUUCAUAAACGUCCCUGAGGAGAAGCUGGAGAAAACUGAGAGUCUCAUCUAUCACAUUCUAAAGGACAAAAUGGGAUUUGCUGAAGCACAUAAAACACUUAAAAUAGAGCUAGCCCAUCGGUUAGGGCAACAAAGAGAAUGUUCCAAUGCAAAACCUAGGCCUAUUAUUGUAAUAUUCUCAACCCCCUCAGAUAGAGAUUUAGUUUUGAAAAAAUGCUACAAACUGAAGGGGACUGGUAUAUCUGUAUCCACUGAUAGCUUAACGACUCAUGAUGUGAAGGAAAAGAAAGAUAAAGGAGAAAUGUCCUCUUCUCAAACCUACGAGAGCAUGGACAUUAAGGUCUCAGCCAAGGACAAAGCUGAGAGUGAUGACUGGGACUCUAUGGACAGUGACAAGGAGCUAGACGAACUAAACAGGAACAAAUAUGCAAUGGUGGUGUCUAAGCCUGUUCACAAACAUAAAGCAGAUAAAAAGAGGCACGGUCACCAUGAGCACGGUAGCCGGUCUGCGGAUGAGGCAGGCUACUCUGCCUCAGUUCACUACGCUGAUGACUCCUAUGAUGAGUCUGACAAAGCCUCCAAGCCCUACUAUGGGGACCUCACCCCCGGCUGGCUUUCUCAGAGCGACUACUCCACACCCAAGCUCAGCCGCUCCGAGUCUGACUGCUCCAAGCUCUGCCAGUCCUACUCUGAAGACUUCUCAGAGAGCCAGUACUUCAGCCGGCCCAAUGGCAGCUCUCUACUAUCCUUCUCAGACCAGGAGCUGUGGCAGAGGAAGCAGGAGGACAUGGCAUCAUCGUGGUACGCCAGCCAGACCCUCAGCCAGGAGAACCCUCCGUACACCGAACCCAACGAGGCCGAGACCACAGAGACCAUCGACAGUGGGGUGAGCAAUGGGCUGGUCUGCAUGUCUGGGGAUAGGAGCCAUUACAGCGGCUCACAGCUGUCUCUGCAGGGAGACCUCUCCCCAUGGAAGGACUGGCCUCACCUGGAGCAGGGAGCAGACUCCGGGCUGGACGCUUCCACAGAGCAGAACCUGGUGUCUGAGGUCAGCAGCCCCUUUGACCCAGCUGCCAUCCCUGGCUUCCCUGAGAACAUCACCAAGUGUCAGGAGGUGGACCUGGCAUUUGAAGGGGAGGAGACUUUCAUGUUGGAUAUGGUGGAAAGCACCCUGUUGGACACCGCCUCCCUGGAGAUCACCAAACAGGAGAGUGCCCGGCUGGGUAGUGCUCCCCCCACUACUCUUUAUACAGCCCCUAUCAUAGCGAAAGAAACUGUUGUAACACCACCUGUCCAUAAGCCUAAAGCUAAAGAGACUGCUAAAACACUUCCUAAAGAAACUUCUAAAGCAGCUCCUAAAGCUAAAACACCUCCUAAAGAGUUAGCUAAAACUGUUCCUAAAGAGGUUGCUAAAGCUAUUCCUAAAGAGGUUGCUAAAACUAUUCCUAAAGAGGUUGCCAAAACAACUAAAGAGGUUACUAAAACUAUUCCUAAAGAGGUUGCUAAACCUAUUCUUAAAGAGGUUGCUAAAACUAUUCCUAAAGAAGUUUCUAACACUCUUUAUAAAGUGACUUCUAAACCGGCAAAAGAGGUUGCUAAAUCAAUUGCUGAAGAGGCUGCUAAAACUAUUAAACUAAGAGAAACAGCCAAAAUGGUUCCUAAAGAGAAUGUUAAAACACCUCCUAAAGAAAUUGUUAAAGCUAUUCAUACAGAGGCUCCUAAAACACCUCUGAAAGACACUCCCAAAACAAGUCCAAAAGACACUCCCAAAACAAGUCCAAAAGACACUCCCAAAACAAGUCCAAAAGACACUCCUAAAACAAGUCCAAAAGAGAUUGUGAAAAUACUUCCCAAAGACACUCCUAAAACAAGUCCAAAAGAGACUGUGAAAACACCUCCCAAAGACACUUAUAAAACUUGUCCAAAAGAGACACCUAAAAUGGUUCCUAAAGGGGCAUCUAACACACUUCCUAAAAUGGCAGCUAAAGAAGCCCCUGAACUAUCCACCCAAACAUUCCCUGAGCUUGAUGUCAAACACAGCUUCCAACCCAGCCAGACCAAGUCAUCCACCAUGUACCGUAGCCAGAGCGAGAUCCGGUCCGAGAAUGUUGUAGAGGAGGUGCCCAAGUCCUGGAGCAGCCGUCUCAGUAUCGACCUCACCGACAAAGCUCCGUCCUUUAGCUUUGGGUUCGGCUCUACCCUGAAGAAGGCAAAAUCAGCCCUGGAGGUGGUGUGGAAGUCAGGCCCUCCACCUAGUGCCGCUCCCCCGGAGCCACCCCCAGACACAGGAUCCUUCAUGGGCCGCUUCCGCACACUGUCCACAUCCACGGCCAACGACUCCAGCACCACCAUUGACUCAGACGUCUACACAGAUUCCUUAGUCUACAAGGCUGAAGAUGAAGAUGAGGCUGCCGCUGGUGACCAGCUGGAGGACAACGAGACCGCCUAUGUCGGGGUGAUGGAGCAGGUCCUGGCAAACCUGGAGAACCGGUCCAACGCCAACGACACAGAAGAGACAGAGGAGUUUGAGGAGCCCAUACUGGAUUAUGAUCCUGAUGCCUCUCAGGAUUAUGUCUCUGAAGACUAUGAGGCUACCACCCAGGAUUACGAGGACUCUGAUGAAGUUGAGGCCACCCAGGAGGCUGCAGUCGUUCUGGAGUAUGACUGUAGUCUGGACGAGCAGUACGACGAGGAGUACAGUGAGGAUUACGUUGAUGAUGUCAUGACGGGGGACACGGCAGAGGACACAGCAGAGUAUGAGGCCAUGGUGGAGUAUGUCGAGGUGGAGGAGCCUGACGAGGAGGAAGAAGAGGAGGAGGAGGAGGAAGAGGAGUUAAUGGAGGACAUGGAAGAGGGGGAUGAGAUGGAGGAGACCUCCGAAGCGUCUGCGUCGGAGAGGACGGAAAACCUAGAGGAUGAGAACAAAAACAUUCCGGAGAAGGAGGAGAUGCCUGCAGAGGCUCCGCCCAAAAAGCGCAUCCGUCCUACGUUUAAGGAGGCUGCGCUGAGGGCCUACAGGAAGCAGAUGGAUGAGCUUCAGCAGCAGAUCCUGGCUGGAGAAAAACCUCCACCACACAACAAGCCUCUCAAUGUGCUGGAUCCCAAAGUACUGGGCCUACAGGCUGUCGGAGGAGCUGGCUGCAUUCUUUAUGGCAUUGACAGCAUGCCAGAUUUACGCCGCAAGAGGACCUUACCUAUUGUCCGAGACCUGGCUAUGACUCUCGCUGCUCGAAAGGCAGGCAUCUCGUUCGCCCUGGUGACUAGAUCGACCCUGAACAACGAGGACCUGAAACUGCAUGUGUUUAGGAAGACGUUGCAGGCGUUGAUCUAUCCCAUCUCGUCUACGACGCCUCAUAACUUUGAGGUGUGGACGGCCACCGCCCCAACCUACUGCCACGAGUGUGAGGGCCUGCUGUGGGGCAUCGCCAGGCAGGGUAUGCGCUGCUCUGAGUGUGGUGUCAAAUGCCACGAGAAGUGUCAGGAUCUACUGAACGCCGACUGUCUACAGAGGGCGGUGGAGAAGAGUUCUAAGCAUGGCGCUGAGGACAAGACCCUGAACAUCAUCAUGGCCAUGAAGGAGAGGAUGAAGAUCAGGGAGAAGAACCGGCCUGAGGUGUUUGAGGUCAUCCAGGAGAUGUUUGGGAUCUCUAAAGAGGACUUCACUGGACACCUGAAGACCGCCAAGCAAGCAGUGCUGGAGGGAACCUCCAAGUGGUCCGCCAAGAUCAACAUCACAGUGAUGUGUGCCCAGGGUCUGCAGGCCAAGGAUAAGACAGGUUCCAGUGACCCCUAUGUGACUGUCCAGGUAGGGAAGACCAAACGGCGUACCAAGACCAUCUUUGGGAACCUCAACCCUGUCUGGGACGAGAAGUUCUUCUUUGAGUGUCACAACGCUACAGACCGGAUCAAGGUGCGUGUGUGGGAUGAGGAUGAUGACAUCAAGUCUCGCAUGAAACAACACUUCAAACGAGAGUCGGACGACUUCCUGGGUCAGACCAUCAUCGAGGUCCGCAUGCUCAGCGGGGAGAUGGAUGUGUGGUACAACCUGGAUAAGAGAACUGAUAAGUCGAUGGUGUCGGGAGCCAUCAGAUUGAAGCUCAACGUGGAGAUGAAGGGAGAGGAGAAAGUAGCUCCGCCCCACGGCCAGUACACCUGUUUACACGAGAACCUGUUCCACCACCUGACGGAGGUAAAGAACAGUGGAGCGGUGAAGAUCCCAGAGGUGAAAGGAGAGGAGGCGUGGAAGGUCUACUAUGACGACGUGUCCCAGGAGAUAGUGGACGAGUUUGCCAUGAGAUACGGAGUAGAGUCCAUCUACCAGGCCAUGACGCAUUUCUCCUGUCUGUCCUCUAAGUACAUGUGUCCGGGGGUCCCAGCGGUGAUGAGUAACCUGCUAGCCAACAUCAACGCCUACUUUGCCCACACCACCACCGUCUCAACCAACAUCUCUGCCUCCGACCGCUUCGCUGCAUCCAACUUUGGGAGAGAGAAAUUUGUCAAACUUCUAGAUCAGCUGCACAACUCUCUGAGGAUUGAUCUGUCCAAGUACCGGGAUAAUUUCCCAGCUGGUAACCCAGAGCGUCUCCAGGACCUGAAGUCUACUGUGGACCUUCUCACCAGCAUCACCUUCUUCAGGAUGAAGGUACAGGAGCUACAGAGUCCUCCCAGAGCCAGUAUGGUGGUGAAGGACUGUGUCAGAGCCUGUCUGGACUCAACAUACAAAUACAUCUUUGACAACUGUCAUGAACUCUACAACCAGCUACUAGACCAGGCCCGUAAGCAGAAUCUUCCCCGGGAGGAGCAGGGUCCGUCUAUAAAGAACCUGGACUUCUGGCCGAAGCUUAUCACUCUCAUGGUGUCUGUGAUCGACGAGGACCGCACCGCCUACACUCCUGUCAUCAACCAAUUUCCCCAAGAGCUGAAUAUGGGGAAGGUCAGCGCUGAGUUCAUAUGGAACCUGUUUGCCCUGGACAUGAAAUACGCCAUGGAAGAGCACGAUAAGCACCGUCUAUGUAAGAGCACAGAGUACAUGAACCUUCACUUUAAAGUCAAGUGGUUCCACAACGAAUACGUCCGUGAACUGGCUGCCUUCAAGGACACACCCCCUGAGUAUUCUCUGUGGUUCGAGCCGUUUGUCAUUCAGUGGCUGUCUGAGAAUGAGGAUGUUGCCAUGGACUUCCUACACGGAGCUCUGGGGAGCGACAAGAAGCUUGGUUUCCAGCCAACGUCGGAACAUGUCCUGUUCUCCUGUUCGGUGGUGGAUGUGUUCACUCAGCUCAACCAGAGUUUUGAGAUCAUUAAGAAGCUGGAGUGCCCCAACCCACAGGCCCUGGCUCACUUCAUGUGCCGCUUUGCUAAGACCAUCAACAAGGUUCUGUUGCAGUAUGCUGCAAUCAUCACCAAGGAUUUUGGCUUGUAUCUGAACCAGGAGAAAGUGCCCUGCAUCCUCAUCAAUAACAUCCAGCAGCUCAGAGUUCAGCUGGAGAAGAUGUUUGAGUCCAUGGGAGGCAAACAGCUGGAUGCUGAGGCCAGUGAACUACUGAAGGAACUGCAGAACAAACUCAACACCGUGCUGGAUGAGCUCAGUGCAGUCUUUGGCUCCAGUUUCAAACCGGUGAUUGAGGACUGUGUAAAGCAGAUGAACCAGGAAUUAGUCCAGAUGAAGGGGAGUGCUGCAGGGAAGAGCAACGCUGCCAUGGAUGCUGAGACUGUCCUCAGACCACUCAUGGACCUCCUGGAUAAAAAUUUGAUUUUAUUUGCAAAGAUCUGUGAGAAGACGGUGUUGAAACGAGUCCUGAAGGAACUGUGGAAGAUCGUCAUCAUCACCAUUGAGAGAACGAUAGUCUUACCACCUCUCAAUGACCAGAAUCAAGGAGCCCAGAUGAUUUUCAGUGCUGCCAAGGACCUGGGACAGCUAUCCAAACUCAAGGACCAUGUGAUCAGAGAGGAAGCCCGUAGCCUGACACCAAGACAGUGUGCAGCCAUGGACCUUGUCCUUCCCACCAUCAAGCAAUAUUUCCACGCCGGAGGAAACGGUCUGAAGAAGACGUUCCUUGAGAAGAGCCCUGACCUCAAGUCCCUCAAAUACGCUCUGAGCCUUUACACACAGCCUACUGAUGCCUUGAUCAAGAAGUAUAUAUGCACCCAAACCUCUCAAGGUCAGUCUACCGACAGCUCCGUGGGGGAGGUGUCCAUGCAGGUGGAUCUCAUCUCUCACCCUGGCACUGGAGAGCACAAAGUCAACGUGAAGGUGGUGGGGGUCAACAACCUAAGCUGGCAGACCAAUGCCAUGUUCCGACCGUUCGUGGAGGUGAAUGCGGUUGGGCCGCACCUCGCCGACAAGAAACGCAAGUUCACCACCAAGACCAAGAACAACAAUUGGUCACCAAAGUACAACGAAACAUUCCAAUAUGUUCUGAGCAAUGAGUACGGUCCAGAGUGCUACGAGCUGCAUGUCUCAGUGAAGGACUACUGCUUCGCCAGAGAGGACCGUAUCAUCGGCAUGGCGGUCCUCCAGCUCAGAGACUUGGCCGACCAGGGGAGCUGCUGUGCCUGCUACCCCCUGGUGAAGAGCAUCUCCAUGGACGACACCGGACUCACCAUCAUGAGGAUACUCUCUCAAAGGACCAACGACGAAGUGGCCAAAGAGUUUUGUCGUCUCAAGACCGACGUACGCUCUUCAGAGGAGGUGGCCUCCUAGUAUGGAGAUGUGAGGGAAGAAGGGAUGGAAUGAAUGGAUGAUUGCAUGGAAGGGAAGAGAGGAGGGGAAGAGUGGGAGGGAGGCACAGGGAAGGAAGGAAGGAAGGCAGUUGAGGAGUUGUGUUGUCUGUUUUUGUGCAUGUGCGUAAAACAUCUGUUGGAAUGUUCAUUUUAAACUACAGUAUGUACCAGUGUUUACUUACCGUAUGCUCAAUAUUAAGUACUAUAUUCUACGAGUUAUGUUAACGAGACAUGAAAUACCUUUUUGUAAAACAUUUAGUUUUGUUCCAAUAAAGUGCCAAACCAGAGGAAAAAUAGUACAACAACAAAACAAACAACAAAAGAUAAUAGUUAUUAAUUAUGGUGAGACUUAAUGUUUGAUGAAAAAUUUGCUUGAUUAUUUGGUUCAGUGUAAAAUCAUUCUCUCAAAAAAACGGUGGCGUUUUAAUCGUUAAAAAUCGUUCAUUUGCACCCUCGUUUUGUUACUCGUCCCCUCACACAGCACUUGUUGUGCAUGUCCCGUUUACAACCAUGUCUCUUCCAUCAUCUCACAGUGACCACAGGGUCGGGGUCCAUGUACCCUGGCCCUAAAACUCUUUGUAUUUAAGCCGAAACCUGAAAAGAGACCAUUUUUUUAACGGCGAUGACUGCUAUGUAAACCUUCAUAGGUGUUUGUAAUUUUAUAACCAUGACAACAACGAAAAGCCUCCAGUGCUGUCAGUCUACACAGAAAGGGUGGAUCCUAUUUUCUCUUUUCCUUUUAGCCUGUAAUCUUUCCGUUCGGCCAUCGGCUUCCAGCCUUUCUGUACGACCACUGUGAACACGAGCUUUGGAAGGCAAGCCUAGAUAACAUUGCUGACGGUUUGAUAUUGUUGUUUCAUAUUUAUUAAAAUAACUUUGUUCCUGAGAAACUGCCAAAGUUAUAUAAAAAUGUUUGUAAGAAGCAAUCCAUUACAUGUAUGAAAAAUAUAUAUGUACAUGUGAACUAUUUACUUUUACAAUGCUAAAUAUCUGAUUGUUGAUGGGCGGUUCUAGAACUAUUGUUUUGAGUUUGUGUGAAGUUACUUUACACAUGAGUUGAAUUCAGCUUCUGCCAUUUGGUUUAUUUUUCUUCAUAAAGGAAAGAGUCUAACAUUGGGUAAAUAUGCAACAUUCCUAUGUAUUGCACUGAUGGCGAAUUGUAUGUCAUGUAAAUAUAUUUAGUGAGAAAUUGUACAAAACAACCGUCUCCUUUAUUUCCAACACAUUGUUCAAAGUGCUUUGUUGUUGUUUAGUAAUCUGAUACAUUCAUUCAGUGAUAUAAUCCUAUAUGCUGUAGCCUCUAUAUACAGUAUCUAUUGCCAGAAGAAAUUUCACGUCUCAAAUGGAAUGACAGAGUAAUGUACCGUAUGGCCCACAGAGAUCCUAUAAAUCACUAGAGUUCUAUUUCAUUCUAUUGUAUGAACCUUCCCACAUAAAGAUGCAAUCUGUAACUUCAUUGUCCCCUGUGGCCCUGGGCUCAAAUGAAACCCACCCAGUAAUCAA